AUGGCUGAUUCUAUCCCUUCGAUGAACGUUUACAGGAAAUGCAAGCAGGAGAAGCCAGUAGAUCAAUUCAUUUCGAAGACAAAGUCGUCACUCGCAUGUGGAAGACCUACGACCGACUGUCUAGACUGCAGGAAUCGACGAGCCUUAGGCGCCUCUAAGCGUACGGCAGAACAAGCUGAGUUAUCCCCAGUAUUUCGAGAAGGAUUGCCAUUGAUAGACUUGCAACUGGGCACACCAAUCACCACGUCAACACGAACGGACGCGCCGAUUACUCUCCGACCAGGUCCGUCGGCUGCUUCUCAAGAAGGCGUACGACUCGGGACGCCCAUCGAAUCUCCGGUAUCGAGUCUUUCUAUUUACCCGAGGCCAACUCGAGGGGGAAGAAAUCCCCGUCCGCCCGCACAGCUGCAGCAGCCGGCCAUCGAACGCCCAGAACAUCGAGAUUUUGAACUUCCUGACCCGGACUGGGCGCGUGAUCUGUCGCAUUGCCCGUUGUCUGAUAAAGAUAAGGACCUCCGGGAGGCGUUCUGGACGGAGCUGGAAAACGACCGGAUGGAACACUGCGCCCGUUAUCAGGAGACAUGGUUUGACAUGGGCUUGAAAGACGGCGUUUGCAAGCGUUGCAUGGCCAAGGACAAGAACAAAAAGGAGGAUGAACCACUGUUUUUUCAGCCGAAAAUCAAUUGGAUUUUGGCUCAGUCCCCGCAUUCCUCCCCCAUUCACCCUCUCUACUUUGAUGGGCCACUCCAAGACCUGCAUGAGGUCUCUGGCCAGACAGCAUAUCUGGCGUUCAACCACACUGUCUCCUUGAAGAAUGUCCAGCGGCAACAGGGCGACGAUCAGGCUAGCUUUCGUCUUGCGCUUGAAGAAUUACGUGGUCUGAAGUUAUCCAUCGAAUCAUGGAAACUUCUGAGUCAGCGUGUGCAGGUCAAACUAAGCCAGCGCGAGGUAUAUACGUUUGAUGCUGCUCUUCGUAUCUAUCGCAAGAAAGCUCGUGUCAAUGAGUACAACUACGACCACCUAGUCCGUCUGAAGCACCCAGCAAUCCAAGUCAUGGCCAAGAAUAUUGGCAGCGGUGCUGACAAGGCAACAUCUGAACAGUCCGGCAACCUGGCUGGCCAGUUUCCGGUAUGUAUCGGUGCUCGCCUCAUGAUCACCCAGAACAUCUGGCAGCCAGCAGGUCUGGUUAAUGGGGCCCAGGGGAUAGUGUAUGACAUCGACUGGGCACCUGGCGCUGAUACACGUCGUGACUCGCCGUGUGUCAUUAUGAUGGCGCAAGGUAGUGCCCAUACUCCCCAUGAAGCGAGACUUCUUUCUUGGAACGUCCGCGUGUACACGGAAGCAGUUCCCACUUACAGUGUCGCACGCCAUUACGGUUCACAAGUCACAGAGCAUCACGGUGAACAAGAUGGUGACGGAUCUGUCUGA